CUCCUCCGGUGAAUAACAACGAUGAAAUAACACUUUACGUCAGUUCCAAUGAAGCUGUUUUACAUAUUUUUGGUUUCCCAAUUCAUGAACGAUAUCCAGUAGUUCUUCAUUUAGCCAUUCAUUUUGAAAACGGCCAGCACGUAUAUUUCAUGAGCAAGACAGCUUUUGAUUGUUCUAUAAAUCCACCAAAAACUACACUCACCAAGUUUUUUGAAUUGUGUAAUAUACUUUUACAGAUACUUUUGGUAAUUUGGCACAGACAAUACUUUAUUCAGAAGUACCAUGAUAUAUCACAUGGACUCUGAAAAAAUUGAUGCUCCACAAGCAAGACACACCGAUUGAUGCAUAUCCCGGUUUAUUCGAAUCAAACAUCUUGGGUCGAGUAUUUAUAGUCAAUCCAAGGCAGACUGAAUUCUAUUAUCAUUAAAGUGAAUGGCCAACAGUUUCCAACGAAUAAAGAUGCAUGACUUGCACCCGGCUUGCUGGAAGACGACAACCGGUGCGAAUGUAUGCUUGCUGUAGCAGGAUUGAACUUUAUAGCAGAACAGCUCAUUCAGUAUUUAAACCGUCACUAAAUAUUCAAAAUAACUCAGACGCAGUGUGCAAC